UCUCUUCACCUCAAAAACUCCUUCAAGUUUCAGCAAUACAUUCUCAGUGUUCUUAAUCUUCCUUCGCUCUCUAUUCUCAAACCCUUUAAGCUACCAUGGCUGUUCUAUCUUAUGAAUCAGAGUUCACUUCCUCUAUCCCCCCAGCAAGGCUUUUCAAGGCCUUUGUCCUUGAUGCAGACAACCUCUUUCCAAAGCUUGCUCCCAAUGCAGUUAAGUCUGUUGAAAUCGUUGAAGGAGAUGGAGGUGCUGGAACCAUCAAGAAGAUCACCUUCGGCGAGGGCAGCCACUUCAACUAUUCGAAGCAAAAGAUUGAAACAGUUGACAAAGACAACUUCGUCUACGCCUACAGUUUGAUCGAAGGAGAUGCCUUGACAGACGAACUUGAGAAAAUCUCUUAUGAGAACAAGUUUAUAGCAGCUGAUGGAGGAUCCAUCAUCAAGAGCGUCAGCAAAUACCACACCAAGAGCGACGACCAUGAUAUCACAGAAGACAAAAUCAAGGCAGGCAAAGAAAAGGCUGCCCAUCUCUUCAAGGUUGUUGAGAAGUACCUCCAAGAGAAUCCUGAUGCCUACAACUAAAACCAGCUUUAUCAAUGUUACCCUCUAUAUAUUGUUCAUUGAAAUGUGUUUUCUUAUAGUUUUGCCCAUCAAAAUCUUGCUUUUGGGCUUCUUUCUUUUUUCCUCAUAAUGUUAAAGUGUCAACAUUUUAUUUCUCUUAUUAUAAUCAAAUGAAAACGUAUAUUGAGUGAUCAUCAAA